AAAUCAGUUCAACUCACUCAGCGUUGAAGUCGCAAUCCGAUCCCGCAUCCGUACCAUGAAUCCCAUGAGAGUUCUGAGCCUUCUGGCUUGUUUGGCGGUCGCCGUUUUGGCCAAGCCCAAUGGCCGCAUGGACAACUCGGUCAGCCAGGCCCUGAAGCCCUCGCAGUGGCUCUCCGGAUCCCAGCUGGAGGCCAUUCCCGCCGUCGACGACCUCACCAUCGAGCGUCUGGAGAACAUGAACCUCGAGCGCGGCGCCGAGCUUCUGCAGCAAGUUUACCACCUGUCGCAGAUCCACCACAACGUGGAGCCCAACUUCGUGCCCAGCGGCAUCCAGGCCUACGUGCCCAAGCCGAACGGAGAGAAGACCACGGCCCCCUUGAACGAGAUGAUCCAGCGGCUGAAGCAGGAGAAGCAGAACUUCGGCGACGACGAGGUGACCAUCAUCGUGACCGGACUGCCCCAGACGACGGAGACGGUGAAGAAGGCGACCCGCAAGCUGGUGCAGGCCUACAUGCAGCGCUACAAUCUGCAGCAGCAGCGUCGCCAGGGCAAGAACACCCGAGACAGCCAGGACUACCAGGAGCAGAGCCAGAACCAGCGCACCAGCAGCGAGGAGGACUACAGCGAUGAGGUGAAGAGCGGCCGGACCCAGAGCGGCGACAUCAUCGUCAUCGACUUGGGCUCCAAGCUGAACAACUACCAGCGGUAUGCGAUGCUCGAUAUUGAGAAGACCGGCGCCAAGAUUGGCAAGUGGAUUGUCCAGAUGGUGAACGAGUUGGACAUGCCCCACGACACCAUCCAUCUGAUUGGCCAGAAUGUGGGCGCCCAUGUGGCCGGUGCCGCUGCCCAGGAGUUCACCCGUCUGACCGGACACAAGCUGCGUCGCGUCACCGGACUGGAUCCCUCCAAGAUUGUGGCCAAGAGCAAGAACACCCUCACCGGUUUGGCCCGCGGCGAUGCCGAGUUCGUCGACGCCAUCCACACCUCGGUCUACGGCAUGGGCACUCCCAUCCGCUCCGGCGACGUGGACUUCUAUCCCAAUGGACCCUCGGCCGGAGUGCCCGGUGCCAGCAACGUUGUGGAGGCCGCCAUGCGUGCCACCCGCUACUUCGCGGAGUCGGUGCGUCCCGGCAACGAGAGGAGCUUCCCCGCCGUUCCGGCCAACUCGCUGCAGCAGUACAAGCAGAACGAUGGCUUCGGCAAGCGGGCCUACAUGGGCAUCGACACUGCUCACGAUCUCGAGGGCGACUACAUCCUGCAGGUGAACCCCAAGAGCCCCUUCGGCAGGAACGCUCCCGCCCAGAAGCAGAGCAGCUACCACGGUGUCCACCAGGCGUGGAACAACAACAACCAGGACAGCAAGGACUACCAGUAGGAUAAUCCCUGGGACUGGAGCAUGGAACAACCAACACACACACCCGCACACACACAACGACGCUUCCUGCGGAGCACUGUAGCCACUAAGUUGAACCCGAAUUGGCCCCUUUCUUGAGAUUCCUCAACCAUGUAACGAGCAGAUCGCUAAAUUCAACUGCAAAUAAACGCUUGAUAAAGAGCUUAAAAAUAA